UUCCUGCGUUAUAAACACACGCGAUCAGUUAACAGUUAACACGUAUGAGAUAAGGAAAGAAGUCGUCGGAAGUUGAAAACUUAAUUAGGUCUAGAAACUUCACCGGCCGGGAGAGAAAUAAUGGGGCGGAGGAAGCUCGAAAUAAAGCGGAUCGAAGAUAAGAGUAGCAGGCUAGUGACGUUUUCGAAGCGAAGAACGGGAUUAAUUGAGAAAGCACGGCAGCUUUCCGUGCUCUGCGACGUCGAUGUCGCCGUCAUCAUAUUCUCCGCCCGCGGCAAGCUGUAUGAAUUCAGCAGCGGCUAUACUGCUAACAGUGUGGAGCAUAUUCUUGCUAGGUAUGAAGCAGAAGGCAGGAGCAUGAAAGGAGAUGGCCAAGAUUCAGAACUUCCAUUGAAGUGCACAAAAUUCAGAACAUGUAAAGAGCUUCUACAAAUGGUGGACAGGCUUGUUGAAGAGAAUAAUAAUAAUAACAAGGAGCUCUCUUUGGUUGAGAUGACACAACUUGAAGAAGAACUUGAUGCUGCUCUUAUGCAAACAAGGUCAAGAAAGACACAGUUGAUGAUGGAGUACGCAUCCACCCUCCAACAACAGGAAAAGGAUUUAAUCAAAGAAAAGGAAGAAAUCGUACAGCAGAUUGCAUCAGCGGAGCGUGUGUUUGGGAUUGGGGGUGGAGGUCUGAACACGACCCUUCAAUUAACCAGAUGGAUUCGCCGCAACAUCUGA